CACAAUUUUUAUUUGUAUAUAUAUACCAGCAUUGCCCUCAUUUCGCUUUAAGUUCAAUUUUCUAGCUCUUCUAAACCCUAAAAUUUUUUAUCUUUUUUUGUUUUAGUGAAGAAAUGGGGAGUGAAGCAGGUUUAUCAAACAAGGGCAGUUCUGGCAAAGCUACAAUUCUGGCACUUGGUAAAGCAUUUCCUCAUCAGCUUGUGAUGCAGGAGUUUCUUGUUGAUGGCUAUUUCAAGAACACCAACUGUGAUGAUCCAGCCCUCAAGCAGAAGCUAGCUAGACUCUGUAAGACAACAACUGUGAAAACAAGGUAUGUGGUGAUGUCUGAUGAAAUACUAAAGAAGUAUCCUGAACUCGCCAUUGAAGGCCUUCCAACUGUAAAGCAGAGACUAGACAUCUGCAACGUCGCUGUAACACAAAUGGCAAUUGAAGCUUCACAGAAUUGUAUCAAAAAAUGGGGAAGGCCUUUAUCAGACAUAACUCACUUAGUUUACGUUUCGUCGAGUGAAGCGAGACUACCGGGGGGUGAUCUUCAUCUUGCAACAGGAUUAGGACUCAGCCCAGAGACGCAGCGUGUCAUGCUUUAUUUCAUGGGCUGCUCAGGAGGAGUAGCUGGUCUUCGUGUUGCAAAAGAUCUUGCAGAAAACAAUCCUGGUAGUCGGGUUCUGCUUGCUACUUCCGAAACGACAAUAAUCGGAUUCAAGCCGCCAAGUGCAGAUAGACCGUAUGAUCUAGUCGGCGUUGCGCUGUUUGGUGAUGGAGCUGGGGCUAUGAUAAUAGGCACGGACCCAGAUUCAACGUCGGAAAGUCCACUCUUCGAACUUCACACAGCAAUGCAGAAUUUCUUGCCUGAUACCGAAAAGAUUAUCGACGGCAGGCUAACAGAAGAAGGAAUCACCUUCAAGCUAGGAAGGGAGCUUCCUCAAAUAAUUGAAGAUAACAUAGAGGGAUUCUGUCAUAAACUAAUGGGCGUUGCCGGAUUACCUGAGACAGAGUACAACCAGCUAUUCUGGGCAGUUCAUCCGGGCGGUCCUGCAAUACUGAAUAGGAUAGAAAAACGGCUUGAUUUGUUUCCGGAUAAACUAAAUGCCAGCAGACGAGCUCUGAUGGACUAUGGUAAUGCAAGCAGCAAUACCAUAGUGUAUGUUCUAGAGUACAUGAUUGAAGAAAGCUUGAAGAUGAAGGAGAACAACGGAACCGAUAAUGAAUGGGGUUUGAUACUUGCUUUUGGACCUGGAAUCACCUUUGAAGGUAUUCUUGCCAGGAACCUGGCCGUCGUCUAAAUAUAGUUCACUGCCUUCUAUAAUAACUAGAAACUUCAGUUAUUAUUGUACCAGAAAUGCCUGAAAGCUAAAGAAAGUUUUAUAUGUAAUUUGAUUUUAUCA